CGACUACAUACGCACCGACCCUCUUUGAAAAGAAAGACUCUAAUCUACACCCCCCUCUCAAAACCCUGUCCUCAUUGAUUGCUCAGUGAACGUUCCCAGUCAAAACUCUGCAAACCCUUUUGCUCUCACACUUCAGGGAUUCAAAGAGAAUUGGAGAUGAAAGGGUCGAAUUCGAGAGGGGUCGAAAGUGUCCAAAGCAAUGAAGAGACCGAGUGGGAGGUGAGACCCGGUGGAAUGCUUGUUCAGAAGAGAGAAGAUGGUAAUGAUGAUGUCGAUCAUCACGAUGAUGGUGUUGGUGGGUCCACAAUCAAGAUCAAGGUUUCUCAUGGGUCUAACCACUACGACCUCACCGUCCCUUCUCAAUCCACUUUUGGGGAUCUGAAAAAGUUAAUUGCCCAAGAAACCAGUUUGGAGCCUAAGGAGCAGAGACUGCUGUUUAGAGGAAAGGAAAAAGAAGAUCACGAUUAUCUGCACAUGGCAGGCGUCAAGGACAAUGCAAAGCUGUUACUCAUGGAGGACUUGGCAAGCAAAGAAAAGAAACUUGAAGAGGUGAAGGGAAGCAUUGAGUCAUCACGAGGCUGUGAAGCUGUUGCUGAAGUCAGAGCAGAGAUUGAUAAGCUUUCGGAACAGGUGGGUGCUUUGGAAGCAGUUGUGUAUGGUGGGACCAAGGUCAUGGAGAAGGAAUUCAUUGUUUUAUCGGAGUUGCUAAUGAGGCAGCUGCUGAAAUUGGAUAGCAUUGAGGCUGAAGGAGAAGGGAGAUUGCAGCGAAAGAUUGAGGUGCGUCGUGUCCAGAGCUUAGUGGAGACAGUGGACACCCUCAAGGCAAGAAACUUGAAUCCGGCUAGCAACCACAGCAAUGCUGCAUCAGUAACCACCAAAUGGGAAACAUUUGAUUCUGGAGUAGGAAGCCUCAGUGCGCCGCCCCCAAUGCCAUCAUCUACAAAAGUGACUCAGGAUUGGGAAGUCUUUGAAUAGUUAUUAUCUGUCUCUGGAUUGUGUAAAACUCUUGGAAUACCACAUUUAAGGUGCUAGGAAAACUUGCUUUAGUUGUGCUUCAUUGGUGGUUUAAAUUUUUAUUUUUUGCUGCACAACUCAAAUCACCAAGGAUAAACAAUUUUUCCUGAACAUCUAAAAUUUUACAUAAUGAAUAUAUAUGUGUUGUUGAACUUAUCA